AUGCUGUUGGGCCUUGUUCUUCUAGCAGCCUCAGCACUCGCACAGGACAAAUGGUGUGGUAAACAUUACAAACAAGGACAGCCUGUUAUACAUCCAGGCGGUCGUUAUCCAGUCCCUCAACAUUCAGACUCUCCUCUGCUCCUCUUUCGAUGUUAUACAGCCAUAUCACCCUAUAUACAUGGAGAAGACGACACUGCGACAAUUAUUAUCGACUUGGAGGUCACACACGUAGCAAAGAAAAGCACUUUUCCACUCCAUGACGAUCCGACGUCGUUUAAAGUGCAGAUUGGCAAUGAAGAACAUGGCUCCCUUGUCAACGCGACGCUUCAACUCGGCUUGAAGCAGGAAGUUGUUCUACCACUCAAACACUUUGAGCCAAGUCAACAACCGUACGCCCUUCAGUGCUCUAUCCACAGCACCGAGGUACCUGUCUCAACAGAGCUCUUUUACCUCCCACCAAACCCAUACGACGGUUCCGUCGUCAAGACUGACUACAAACGCUCAACACUUCUCGUCCGUUCACAUGACGAGUGGAAACCGUUUAUCGGAUUUGGAUUCUACACGGCGUUUGACAACUAUCUUGCCAAGAAUCUAUCUAUCCUAGACGACUUUGUUGAUAGAGGAUACAAUCUUGUCCAUCCUGUACCUACGUUUGGCAACGUGACUGCGCUCAACCUCGUGCUGGACAGGAUGGAAGAACUUGGCCUUUGGCUCGUCUACGAUAUGCGAUGGAGCUACAAGAAUCUAACCCAAAUAGCGGAAGAAGUCGACGCGAUCAAAAAGAGAAAGAACCUCCUCGCUUGGUACACCGCAGACGAACCCGACGGAUGGACAGACGAUACAGCUCUCCCACAACGUGCCUCUGAGCUCAUCUCCCAACUCGACGGCUAUCACCCAACCUCGCUCGUCCUCAACUGCCGCGACUACAAUUUCGCACCUUACACCUCAAACACACCUCUUCUCCUCCAUGACACGUAUCCUAUCGGCACAAACACGACGUGGAGUACCGUCUAUUCAACUGAAUGUACCCCGACGUUUGGAGAUUGUGGGUGUGACGAGUGUGAGAGUAGUGAGGUAGGUGAAGUGGCAAUUGUACUGGAGGAAUAUGCGAGGAGAUUGGAGUGGAUGGGCGAACGCAAGGUGCUUUGGAGCGUCGUGCAGGCGUUUGGAGAGCAGAGCUUUUGGAGUCGGUAUCCCACUGGACGCGAGUUUGCGCUCAUGAGUAUCCUGGCAUUAUCGAGCGGCGCGACGGGUAUCACGCCAUGGAUUGCACCGACUACCCCGGAGAUUGACGACGCGGCGACAAAACUAGCAAAAAUGGUUCCUCGGCUCGCCGAGUAUAUGCUCCAUCCGAGCGUUAAAGUCGAUCGCCCAGUUGUACGUACUCUCGGUGGCCACAUAUGUCCAUUCAAUCAGGAACAACUCUACGGGCGAGCUCUCACCGACGGACAACAGCUCCCGCUCAUGUCGAUACCAGAUGACGAGGACCUAUCGUCGGUGAUGGAGCCGACUCGAAAUCACGAGCAGAUUGUCGCCGUCACAUACACCGCCGAGAGUGGGAUACUACUCAUAUUCGCCAACUUGGACACCGCUCCUCGAAACGUUUCAAUCCGCUUUGGUCCUCUGCCGUUUAUGGUAUCGACCACACAAGCGCUUUUCAAUACUGGUGCAAACAUGCUGGUUCUGACCGCCACUGAGGAUAGACUGCACUUGCACGUCGAAUUGAAUGGCCUAGCAUCUGGAGUUUAUGUACUGCAGAUGUGA